AUGGAGCGGAGCACACAGGUCACCAGCCGGGUAGAGGUGCAGGAUGCAAGUGGUAACAGUGGUUCUAGUAGCGGUAACAGUGGUUCUAGUAGUGGUAACAGUGGUUCUAGUAGUGGUAACAGUGGUUCUAGUAGCGGUUACAGUGGUUCUAGUAGCAGUGGUUCUAGUAGCGGUAACAGUGGUUCUAGUAGCAGUGGUUCUAGUAGCGGUAACAGUGGUUCUAGUAGUGGUAACAGUGGUUCUAGUAGCGGUAACAGUGGUUCUAGUAGCGGUAACAGUGGUUCUAGUAGUGGUAACAGUGGUUCUAGUAGUGGUAACAGUGGUUUUAGUAGUGGUAACAGUAGUUCUAGUAGUGGUAACAGUGGUUCUAGUAGCGGUAACAGUGGUUCUAGUAGCAGUAACAGUGGUUCUAGUAGCGGUAACAGUGGUUCUAGUAGUGGUAACAGUGGUUCUAGUAGCUGUAACAGUAGUUCUAGUAGUGGUAACAGUGGUUCUAGUAGCGGUAACAGUGGUUCUAGUAGCGGUAACAGUGGUUCUAAUAGUGGUAACAGUGGUUCUAGUAGUGGUAACAGUGGUUUUAGUAGUGGUAACAGUGGUUCUAGUAGCAGUAACGGUGGUUCUAGUAGUGGUAACAGUGGUUCUAGUAGCGGUAACAGUGGUCCUAGUAGCGGUAACAGUGGUUCUAGUAGUGGUUCUAGUAGCGGUAACAGUGGUUCUAGUAGCGGUAACAGUGGUUCUAGUAGUGGUAACAGUGGUUCUAGUAGCGGUAACAGUGGUUCUAGUAGUGGUAACGGUGGUUCUAGUAGCGGUAACGGUGGUUCUAGUAGCGGUAACAGUGGUUCUAGUAGUGGUAACAGUGGUUCUAGUAGCGGAAACAGUGGUUCUAGUAGCGGUAACAGUGGUUCUAGUAGCGGUAACAGUGGUUCUAGUAGCGGUAACAGUGGUUCUAGUAGCGGUAACAGUAGUUCUAGUAGCGGUAACAGUGGUUCUAGUAGCGGUAACAGUGGUUCUAGUAGUGGUAACAGUAGUUUUAGUAGUGGUAACAGUAGUUCUAGUAGUGGUAACAGUGGUUCUAGUAGCGGUAACAGUGGUUCUAGUAGCGGUAACAGUGGUUCUAGUAGCGGUAACAGUAGUUCUAGUAGUGGUAACAGUGGUUCUAGUAGCGGUAACAGUGGUUCUAGUAGCGGUAUGAUAGACGGUAACGGUGGUUCUAGUAGCGGUAACAGUGGUUCUAGUAGCGGUAACAGUGGUUCUAGUAGCGGUAACGGGGGUUCUAGUAGCAGUAACGGUGGUUCUAGUAGCGGUAACAGUGGUUCUAGUAGCGGUAACAGUGGUUCUAGUGGCGGUAACAGUGGUUCUAGUAGCGGUAACGUUGGUUCUAGUAGUGGUAACAGUGGUUCUAGUAGUGGUAACAGUGGUUCUAGUAGUGGUAACGGUGGUUCUAGUAGCGGUAACGGUGGUUCUAGUAGCGGUAACAGUGGUUCUAGUAGUGGUAACAGUGGUUUUAGUAGUGGUAACAGUGGUUCUAGUAGUGGUAACGGUGGUUCUAGUAGCAGUAACGGUGGUUCUAGUAGCGGUAACGGUGGUUCUAGUAGCGGUAACGGUGGUUCUAGUAGCGGUAACGGUGGUUCUAGUAGUGGUAACAGUGGUUCUAGUAGUGGUAACAGUGGUUUUAGUAGUGGUAACAGUGGUUCUAGUAGUGGUAACGGUGGUUCUAGUAGCAGUAACGGUGGUUCUAGUAGCGGUAACGGUGGUUCUAGUAGCGGUAACGGGGGUUCUAGUAGCGGUAACGGUGGUUCUAGUAGCGGUAACAGUGGUUCUAGUAGCGGUAACAGUGGUUCUAGUGGCGGUAACGGUGGUUCUAGUAGCGGUAACGGUGGUUCUAGUAGUGGUAACAGUGGUUCUAGUAGUGGUAACGGUGGUUCUAGUAGUGGUAACGGUGGUUCUAGUAGCGGUAACGGUGGUUCUAGUAGCGGUAACAGUGGUUCUAGUAGUGGUAACAGUGGUUUUAGUAGUGGUAACAGUGGUUCUAGUAGUGGUAACGGUGGUUCUAGUAGCAGUAACGGUGGUUCUAGUAGCGGUAACGGUGGUUCUAGUAGCGGUAACGGUGGUUCUAGUAGCGGUAACAGUGGUUCUAGUAGCGGUAACAGUGGUUCUAGUAGCGGUAACAGUGGUUUUAGUAGCGGUAACAGUGGUUUUAGUAGCGGUAACAGUGGUUCUAGUAGCGGUAACGGUGGUUCUAGUAGCGGUAACGGUGGUUCUAGUAGCGGUAACGGUGGUUCUAGUAGCGGUAACAGUGGUUUUAGUAGCGGUAACAGAGGUUCUAGUAGCGGUAACAGAGGUUCUAGUAGCGGUAACAGUGGUUCUAGUAGCGGUAACAGUGGUUCUAGUAGCGGUAACAGUGGUUCUAGUAGCGGUAACAGUGGUUCUAGUAGCGGUAACAGUGGUCCUAGUAGCGGUAACAGUGGUUCUAGUAGUGGUAACAGUGGUUUUAGUAGUGGUAACAGUGGUUCUAGUAGCGGUAACCGUGGUUCUAGUAGCGGUAACAGUGGUUCUUCUAGUAGCAGUAACAGUGGUUCUAGUAGCGGUAACAGUGGUUCUAGUAGUGGUAACAGUGGUUCUAGUAGCGGUAACAGUGGUUCUAGUAGCGGUAACAGUAGUUCUAGUAGCGGUAACAGUGGUUCUAGUAGCGGUAACUGGUUCUAG